GAUAUGGCACAGGGAAUCGUCGUCUCUGAACGAGCUAAGCUCGUGGCAUCAUUGAUAGUUCUGCAGCUAUGCUUUGCCGGGUUUCACAUAGUCUCGAGAGUUGCUCUCAACAUUGGUGUUAGCAAGAUUGUAUAUCCUAUUUACAGAAACAUUAUUGCAUUGAUAUUGGUAGGGCCUUUUGCCUACUUCAUGGAAAAGAAGGAGAGAACACCUCUCACAUUCUCAUUGUUGGCCGAGUUCUUCCUACUUGCAUUAGUGGGAAUCACAGCAAACCAGGUGUUCUACAUACUAGGUUUGUAUUAUGCAUCACCAACCUUUGUAUCAGCACUGCAGAACACAGUACCAGCACUGACCUUUAUCAUGGCGUCUGUUUUGAGGAUUGAGCAAGUGAAUGUUGCGAGGAUGGAUGGUUUAGUGAAAGUUCUAGGGACUUUGGUGAGCAUCGGAGGCGCUAUGGUUAUCACCUUGUACAAAGGGCCACUAAUUUUGAAUGGAACUAAUCCAUCAACAGAGGAGAGUUCAAACAAAAUGCAAAGCUGGGCAUUGGGUUGUAUAUUUACCUUUUGCCACUGCUUAUCCUGGGCUGGAUGGAUGGUCCUUCAGGCUCCUAUAGUGAAGAAGUACCCUGCCAAACUCUCACUUACAUCAUUCACACUCUUCUUCGGAUUGAUUCAAUUCCUAUGCAUAGCUGCAUUCACAGAAAGGGAUCCAACACACUGGAAAAUAGUGUCGGGGGAAGAAAUUUUUACCAUCUUAUAUGCGGGCAUUAUAUCAUCGGGACUUGUAAUAGUUCUACAGACCUGGUGCAUUCAAAAGGGAGGUCCAGUGUUCGUGUCCAGCUUCCAGCCAGUUCAAACAGUAUUAGUUGCCGGAAUGGCGUCCAUAGUUCUUGGUGAUCAAUUAUACUCUGGAGGAGUCAUUGGAGCUACACUAAUCAUGACUGGCCUCUAUCUAGUUUUAUGGGGUAAAACAGCAGAAGCAAGAUAUCAAAGCCAAGACAAGGAAGAGACUCUCACAAAACAUCUAUUAGAUGGUGACAACAGUAGUCAAGAGUGCCCAACAAGAGCUGAUAUUCCGUAAAAAAAAUCUGUCAGCAAAUUUAGAGCCUUCACAUGCUGAAAGGCUCACAAGUUGUAGGUCAUUUUCUGUAUAAUAUCAAAAACAGACUCAGCAUAAAAAAUAUUAACACGUAGAUCUUCACUUGACUUGUUCAA